ACAAGUGAGCUUGCUCACCGAUGCACAAGUGAGCUUGCUCACCGAUGCACAAGUGAGCUUGCUCACCGAUGCACAAGUGAGCUUGCUCACCGAUGCACAAGUGAGCUUGCUCACCGAUGCACAAGUGAGCUUGCUCACCGAUGCACAAGUGAGCUUGCUCACCGAUGCACAAGUGAGCUUGCUCACCGAUGCACAAGUGAGCUUGCUCACCGAUGCACAAGUGAGCUUGCUCACCGAUGCACAAGUGAGCUUGCUCACCGAUGCACAAGUGAGCUUGCUCACCGAUGCACAAGUGAGCUUGCUCACCGAUGCACAAGUGAGCUUGCUCACCGAUGCACAAGUGAGCUUGCUCACCGAUCCACAAGU